UGUUCGCCAGAGGCUAUGAGUGCUGGAAACAGUCAUGAGGAGGGUCGACUGGUCUAUCGGUUCGGAGGAGAGCCUGUUGGGUCAUUCAUCCAGCCAAACCUCAGGCCGUUAGAACCGUCAAUUGCUCACGCCAUGUUUCUGGACGUCACUCAUGACAACGAGUGUCCCAUUCAGGUUCGUUCAGCAUAUGAUGCUCUGCCCAGCUCUGCUAUUGUCUCUAUGGCCUGCUGCGCCUCAGGCAGCACUAGAGGAUAUGAUGAGCUCGUCCCUCACCAGAUUUCAGUUGUGAAGGAAGAGCGUCUCUACCCCAAGUGGAAUCCUGAUGCACUGCCCUCUUCUGGCAGGGAGGUGAACUUACACUCUGGAAUAACGGCAGGAAAACUGGCUCUCAACAAACUCCACCAAGAGCUAGCAGAGAACGGCUUCACCCAGGUUUACGUGGAUCAGCUGGAUGAAGACACAGUGGCUGUGACCAGGCAUUGCCCCAGCACACAUCAGUCUGUUGUGACAGUGUGUCGUACGGCCUUUAAAGACCCCAAAACACACCAAUUCAGAGAGUCCUUGGCCCCCAUGUACAUCCCAGGUAAAAUCGAGGAGGUGAUUUUAGAGGCACGCACAGUGGAGAGAAGCGCUGAGUCAUAUGUGAAAGAUGAGACGUUCAUUAAUGGCCUGCCGAACUACACAGUCGAGAUCCGUGAACACAUCCAGCUAAAGGAAAGUCAAAUUGUAAAGCAGGGAGAUGCCACCACAAAAGGGCGCAGCGAGUUUGUUGAGGAGAUUUUGUUCGAAAAGCUCACACCUGGUAGUGUCAUUGCAUUCAGGGUGAGCCUUGAUCCAAACUCUCAGAAAAUGGUGGGCUACUUGCGAACACAGCUCUCACAGUUCAACCGGCUGUUCAAAUCUGGAAGUCUGACUGACAGCAAGGUCGCUGGCAUCCUGAAAAUAUCUUUAGAAUUUUUAAUAUCCAAACUGACUCUGGCGGAGCUCAAUGUGUUGUUAUUUCGUUGUGAUGCUGAGGAACAGGAAGACGGUGGUGGCUGCUAUAAUAUUCCCUCCUGGAUGCCUCUGAAGUAUGGAGGCCUGCAAGGUUUUGUGUCUGUAUUGUCUGAGAUUCGACCCAAAAAUGACCUUGGACAUCCGUUCUGUGACAAUCUAAGACAAGGAGAUUGGAUACUUGAUUACGUGAGCACUCGUCUGAUCAAUAAAGGCGGAGCUCUGCGGGAGGUUGGAAAAUGGUUCAAAGCUGUAUUUUCAUACCUCAAGCAUCUUCCACGCUACUUAGUGCCAUGUUAUUUCGAUGCCAUUAUUGUUGGAGCGUACGCCACAGCUGUAGAUGCCGUCUUCAACCAAAUGUCAAGCUUUGUUCUGAAUGGGUCGACCCUGGUCAAACAGCUGGCCCUGGGGUCAGUUCAGAUGUGUGGGGUGGGUCGUGUCCCCGCCCUGCCACAUCUGUCCCCUGAACUGGAGGAUGUCCCGGUGCGAGUUAACAGUGCAACCAAGCAGGAGGAGCAGUGCUGUGUGUCUAUUGCGGCAGGUCUGCCACAUUUCUCCACUGGAAUCUUCCGCUGUUGGGGUCGAGACACAUUCAUAGCUCUGCGCGGCCUCAUGCUUUUGACAGGGAGGCACCUGGAGGCCAGAGACAUCAUCUUAGCCUUUGCUGGUACGAUGCGUCACGGUCUGAUCCCGAAUCUGCUGGGUCAGGGUGUCGCAGCUCGUUAUAACUGUCGUGAUGCAGUGUGGUGGUGGCUACAGUGUAUCCAGGACUACUGCACCAUCGUGCCCAUCGGCACAGAUAUACUAAUGUGCCCUGUGUCACGUAUGUAUCCCACUGAUGAUUCAGAAGCGCAGGCCCUCGGGACAGUGGCUCAUGACCAGCCGUUGUAUGUGCUUAUUCAAGAAGCCAUGCAGCGUCACAUGCAGGGAAUCCAAUUCAGAGAGAGAAACGCCGGUCCGCAGAUCGACUGGAACAUGCAGCAUGAAGGCUUUAACGUGGAGGCCAAAGUAAAUCCCGAGACGGGCUUUGUUUACGGUGGAAAUGGCUUCAACUGUGGGACAUGGAUGGAUAAAAUGGGAGAGAGCGAUAAAGCCCAUAAUAAAGGUGUUCCAGCCACACCCAGGGACGGCUCUGCGGUGGAGAUUGUUGGUCUUAGUAAGUCAGCGGUGCGCUGGCUGAUGAUGAUGAAUGAGACUGGACAUUUUCCAUAUUCCUCUGUCAAAAUACACAGAGAUGGAGCAGAACAAUCAAUCACCUAUAAGGAGUGGAAUCAAAGAAUCCAGGAGAACUUUGAAAGGUUUUUCUAUGUCUCAGACGAUCCUGCAGAUCCAAAUGAGCAACGUCCUGACUUGGUUCACAAGAAAUGCAUUUAUAAAGACAGUCAUGGGGCUUCUAGUCCUUGGUGUGACUACCAGCUCAGGCCCAACUUCACCAUCGCCAUGGUGGUGGCACCAGAGUUGUUUUCAGUGCAAAGAGCCUGGAAAGCUUUAGAGAUUGUUGAAACCAAGCUUCUUGGUCCUUUGGGGAUGAAAACACUUGACCCAGAUGAUCUGGUGUACUGUGGUGUGUAUGACAACGCCCUGGACAAUGAUGACUACAACCGUGCAAAAGGAUUCAAUUAUCACCAAGGACCUGAAUGGAUUUGGCUGGUUGGAUACUUCUUAAGAGCCAAACUUUAUUUUGGAAGGAAAAUGGGCCAAGAGAAGUACAAUCAAAGCGUGUUCCUGGUCAAGAAUGUUCUGUCUAGACUUCACACCCAUUUAGAAAGAUCACCUUGGAAGGGUUUACCUGAGCUGACCAAUGAAAACGGACAGUACUGUCCAUUCAGUUGUGAAACGCAGGCCUGGUCCAUCGCCACUGUUCUGGAGGCUCUAUUUGAUCUAUGAAUUUAUCUUGGACUUUGUAGCUCUCCCAUGUUUUCAGCCACCUACCUGGAAAAAUUCUGAGGAAAUUAUUUUACAUUCACAAUCUUCCAAACUCUUGUUGUAGUGACACUUUACGUAUUAAUCAUGUUAAAUCAUGUACAAAUCUUUACCCUUUUGUUAGGGUUUGCCAGAUUAGGUUUGUUGGUUAGAGUUGAUUUGUAUGGUGGCCGAAAGAGCAUAACGUGCUGCAUUUUAAGAAAACGCAUGCAAUUACAAUAAACACCAGCUAAUUAAGAAAAGAUCUUCAUUCCUUUGAAAGCACACCUGCUGCUAAUCCUCACAACGCAUGCAUACGCAUUUAAAAACACGCUGCAUUUUCACACAACACAAACAUUAAUAACACACUGCAUUUCUCACAACACGAAAACAUCGGAACACAUCAGAAUAGUUUCAAGGGGACUCAAAAACAUGACAGACGCCGCUGUGCGGGAAUAAUUCUCUGUAAAGUUGUUGAUGAUUUUUAAAAGGUGAGAUCUUUUUGUUUAUUUUGAUAUAGCAAUUCCCUUGUCCUUCUUUAGUAUUCAUUCAUUUAUUCAUUUUCUUGUCGGCUUAGUCCCUUUUUUUAUCCGGGGUCACCACAGCGGAACGAGCCGCCAACUUAUCCAGCACAUUUUUUACGCAGCGGAUGCCCUUCCUGAUCCUGAGCCGAGGAUCGAACCAGCUACCCAGCGACCUUCUUGCUGUGAAACGACAGCAGUGCCUACUGCGCUACUGCAUCGCCCGUCUUUAGUAUUUAUUAGACUAAAUAACCAUAACCUAAAUAGCCGGGUCCGUCACAUUUUAGGCUCUCCUUGAAACAUUUCUGUUGUGUUGUGAGAAAAUUCUGCGCAUUUUAUUAAUGUUUGUGUUGUGCAAAAAUACAGUGUGUUUUUUAUGUGUUUGCAUUGUGCUGUCAAACUGAGAUGUUUUUUGUAAUUGCAAGUGGUUUCUUAUUUUCUUCAUGAGUUGUUUUUACGAUUGCUAACACACUAAAAUUAAACUUUUCCCACUAUUAGCAAAACGGUACACUCCAGGAGCAAAACACAAAGCUAGAUCUGCACAACUGUAAGCACAAUGUCAGCUUCACACAUUUUGCAAAACAUUACACACAGUGAUAUGCAAAUCACCAAACACACUUGUGACACAGAAAUGUAUCAUAAUGUCAUUUCCUUGCAAUUUCAAAGCAAAGGCCUUCAAUCAGCUUUAACAACAAUAUAAAAGCAAUGGGAUAGUUUGGUUAUAGAAUAUUAGUCUUCAGUAGUGUACUGUAGCUAUAAAUACUAGUGUUCAAUAAAUAUGGAAGUCAAUGUCACGGGAAGAGGGAGCACUUAAGGAAGGAAUAUUGGUAAAAAGAUGACGGGGUGAGGAAGAAUCUUUUGGAUAUUGAAAUACAUCACCAGAAAGCUGAAUAAAUAAGCUGUACAUUGCUCUAUGGUUUGUUAUUAUAGAGCAAUAUUUUGCUAUCAGUACUACAGAAUUCGGUAUUUAUCACUGUAUUUAUGUUUGAAACUGGUGUGUUAUCCUGUGACAUUUACAGUAAGAUGUAUCUAGAUUAAGGGCGGAGAAUGUGGAGGAAAGAGUGCUUUACUCACAGAGGAACAAGAGGAAUAUAAACACGAGUUUCAACAAUAUUACAGAGAAUUAAUAAUAAAAUAACCCCC